GUCAUCGUUUUACUCGAUGCGACAAAAUGCAUCGGUGUCUCUGGGAGGUUGUUAAAGUCCACGAUAGAUACACCGCUAAUUAAAAAACAACAACUUUGACUGUAAUUGUAACGAUUUAAUAGCAUGGACGUUAUCGAGACAAUUGUGAUACAAAGCAGUGAAGUGGAAGGAAAGGAAACGGUCGUGUCCAGUGUGGACACCGAUAAAGCCAAAGCAGAAUUCAUAUGGACACUGCAGGCUACAUGGCACCUUGUCAACACCCGGCUUGAAAUGGACCAGGCUUUUGACCAGCCAGUGUGCAAGAAAAAGAAACUUUGGGAGAUGGUAGCAGAGAGAGUGAAUGCCAAACUGAGGGAGUCAGAGGUCACCGAUGUCACUGUGAAGGCGUACGAAUGUGACCUUAAGUGGAGAAACAUGCUGGCCACGUACAGGAAGAAUGCAGAGAGAGCCAAGAGGCUCGGGGCGACCAGCGUCCACUGGGAGUUCUUCAAGUCCAUGCACGAGGUCCUGGGUAAGAGCAGGGAGGAGAUCGAAGACCAGCGAAGGGCCAAGCUCAGUGGGACGAGAGUGGGUAAGGCCAUAGCCAACAAGAGGUUUACCCCCAUCCUCCCUACACCUCCUGCAACAGCUGCUCCCUGCUCUGCGUCCCGGCCUCCACAGGACGUCCUACAACUGUACAUGGAGCUGCAAGAGAGAAAGAUGAACAUGUGGGCACAGCAGAAAGCCCUGGAGGAGAGGAAGAUAGAGGCCAUUAACAACCUGGCGCAGGCCAUCUCCAGCCUGGCUCAGAAGAACAGCACAGAAUUAUCAAAGGAUGGACAUUAGAGGCGUGAAUCUGAACUCCCAUGUGUGUCGUUUGCUCUUACCAAAAACCUUUAUGAUACUGCAUGAGGAAAGCUGUUUGAGUGUGUUUGGUAAAUAUGCUUGCAGAUUGCACAUUUGCACUGUUACAGUUUUUAUAAUAGUUUGGCCUGACACAGCAGAGAGAGAGACAGAAUUCAUAAUUCAGAAUAAAUGAAAAUACAACAGUUCGGGAAAAGGGACAAGUGGAUUGCAUGUCCUUUUCUGGUGAUGUCAUGGCAUGUAAUCAUCACUCAUUUUUAUACGAUACGAGAGUGAAUUGUGGUCGGUUGAUGUUUCAGAGUAAGAAAAACUUAAAUAAUUCAUGCAAAUAAGACUAAUACAUGCUUUCCUACACUGGACCAGUUCAUCAAAUGACAACAACCUAUGCAAGAGUACAUGUUCUGUUUGAUGCAGGCACACAUAAACAAGCUAACAGAAAUGAUCAGUGAUUACAGUCAUUGCUCAAGAGAAGUCACAGAAGUUUUUCAGUGAAAACAAUAUGCAUAUUCAAACUGAUAUUUAAUAUUCCUAAGACGUAUUUAUAGAAAUGUUACACUUUAUUAUCAUACAGUAUAAACGACUUCACUGUGUCAUGCGGUCCAAUAAACAGUCCUGCAAUAAAUGCUACCUGCAUGAAGGUUUUGUUUGGCGGUGAACAGAGUAUUAGAAACACUGCCGACUGUUUUAUAAUGACAGUUUUACCGAUUAUGUUAUGAUAUUGUGUUUACCUUGAUGCUGGAAACUGGCGCAGCGGCAGAUUGACGUUCACUACCGUCCAGUGAUCACGAAGAAGAACUGCAACAAUGCAUUUUUUUAUGUGGUUCAUGGUUUUAAUAUCAGUGUAAUCACUAUUAAUUAUAUCUAUGUACAUCUCAGUGUUAACAAGAUUAUUACAGAUAUUGACGUAAGUAUUGUCGAUAAAUUAUUAAAAGACAGUUGUUUUAAAUAGUUUUUCUUUGGUCUGGAGAUCAGUUUCCGGUUAUCACUUUCAAAAUAAAUGUGAGCGCUCUAACUGA